AGAGACAGAGAGGUGAUACUGUGGCUACUUAUCACACACUUUUGACUUUUGCAGCUCCCAUGAUUUAAGUAGCCUGUGAAGAAAGCCAGGGCUCUGAACUAUUCAAAGUUUAUUCCUUUCUGCUCAGCCUUUACUUCUUUGUUUUUUUCUCAGGCAGGUCUGAUCUGACAAACAAGAACAAGUGAUUAAAUUCAUGCCUAUUUUUUGCUCGGUGAAGUCAAGUUUGGGAACUCUGUUUGCUGUUGCCCCAAGGGACGUACAGAUGGAUAGACGAGUGCCAGACAAGACAUGGAUGUGGAAAUGCUGACUCCGACUGCAAAAGUCGUCGUUGUCUUGCUGAAAUGUUGAUCAAGAAAGAACUUUUGUCUCAGCCACAGUAUGAAGACUGCACCCAUGAGAUUGAGGUGCCGUUCAUUGAGUACCAAACCCUGGCAGUUGACACAAAGAAUCUCCGCCUGUUUAGUCGUCUGCAAGCAUCAAUUGAAUGGAAAGAUCCUGAGUUGGCAUGGGACACAUCAGUUUACCCAUAUGAUAAUGUGAUCCUGCCCGUAAAUAAAGUCUGGACCCCAGAGCUCCAUGUGACAAAUGGAAUAAGAACAACCAUGAAGCACAGCUCCCGUGAUCUGCUGGUGUUCAGUGAUGGCAGACUGAUGCACGAUGUGAUCAUAAAUGCAGAGGUGAACUGUGAAAUCAACCUCUUCAACUAUCCCUUCGCUGCUGAUGCAUGCCCUAUCGCGCUCCAUACCUGGUCCAAUUAUGGAUGUGGCACAAUGCUGUCAUUGGAUGUUGUGUAUCUGGUUAAUAAAACCAAUGGAGACUGGCAAACUACUGAGGUGAACUUACUGACUCAAGGACUUGACCACCAUUACAUCAUGGUGAAAUUGAGCAUCAAAUAUCUCAACCCCUUCAUAACAUUACUAUUGCCCAGCAUUCUGAUCGUCCUGGCUGACGUGGUCAGCUUCGCUCUGCCGCUGGGAGGCGGUGAACGCAACUCUUUCAAGGUCACUCUGGUGCUCAGCUUCACCAUGUUCCUCAUCAUCCUGAACAAUGAGCUCCCUGGAGACGGCGAGUGCAGCCCCAUCAUCCGAACCCACUUCUGUGUAUGUCUGGUCUUGCUGGUGUUAAGCAUGUUGGUGUCCCUGGUGCUGACACGGUUGGCCAAAGACGGCAGCAUUAUUUUCUCCUGCUGCACCAAAGGCCCAGUCCCAAAGAAAGAGGAAGAGAACGAGGAUGAGGAAGCCAAAGCUGACAUUAGUGUCGUUCAGCUGAGUGCCUCAGAGGAGCACGGUCGGAUGCUCAGAAAGGUGGUUGACUUCCUGGAAGAUUUUGACGCAAAGCUGCUGAAAAGUGAGCAAUAUGAGCAGUUUGCCAGCAGACUGGACAAGAUAUUUUUCUGGCUCUAUUUCAUUGGUGGCACUAUAUACUUUUCUGCAAUGACUUAUGUAAUGGUAAAUUAUGAAUGCGAAAUCAACCAUUUUACUUUCUGGUACUAAUAAAACAGGCUCAGUGCGUAUUAAUGCAUGCCACUAUCUUAUAAAAAACUUAACUGAGCUAUUCUUCAUAAAAUUACAAAUUUAAGAUAGUUAUAUACGCUCUCAUUCAUUCAAAUUCAACAUUCAAAUGCAAAGAUUUAAAGGUUGAUACUAUUUCAGCACACAUUUAUUACAUUUGUUACAUGUGUAUAACCUCUCAUUCAUUAUGUCAAAUAUCAUUUGUACUCAUAGUUUGUCUCUCGAUGUCUGCUACAAAUGUGAGUUAGCAUAUUUCUGAAAAACAAACAAAUAAAGGAUUAUCACCA